UGGUUGAGGAAACCUAGAUUCUUGUCACGGGAAUCCUGACCGGCUGAGGCCCUGUGCGUGAUUUUUUUACGCUCUUGUUUGCUUUCCCUUGUUUCUUUAUCUCCGGUUUGAAUCUGGAGGGAAAUCGCUAGAUUUCGUUGGCCUGAUCCUUUCUUCUUCUACCAGGUCGAGCGAUUGGUGGGAACCCGGACCGCGAUUUCAAGUCUCAACCAAUUAUUCACGAUGGCUCCUCUACGAGAGAGAUUGUCUCACGAAUCCAUCGUCGAGAAUGGGAAGCUCCGAGACGGUGCAGCGUUGCUGAAAGCAGUGGUCUUGAUCGCGAAUGGUUACGCCAAGACCCUUCUCAGGAAUUCGCAAGACCGUGAGUGGCUCAAGCAUCUCGCGAGGCAGAACGCGGCCAAUGGUAGCUACCAUGAACACGCCGAGCACGCGAAUCUCAGCUGGGCUGUCGAUGGUUUCGAAAAGGCCGUCCUUUCUGUGAAGGAUGUCCACGGUGAAGAGCUCGAGCGAGCAGUCAGGUACCUCAAGCUGCUGGGAAGGUCUCGGAAUUCUUUCGUCUCGGCGUCGGCACACUUGUACCUGGCUCUGGUCUGGCUGGUGCGACACAAUCCUUACAAAGUGGCUUGGCACAUCCUCCAGAUGUUCAACGUUGGUCCUCGCAUCUCGCGAAGUGAGUUCGCUCCCACCCUCUGGAAGCAGUUAUUUCUCCCUCGGUUUUCCAAGUUGGAGGAGUGGUAUAGCAAGGAGACCGGAAAUCCGUCGACACAGAAGGUGCCUUCCUCCGGAAAGAUUUCUCCACGGCAGUCGUCUUAUUCUAUUGAGGCGCUGUAUACAGACUUGAAAGGCUUUUGGCAUCAGCUUCACCCGUCUAGUGUUCGAUCGGGACCUCUGGACCAGCUGUGCCUUGAGCGUGAGGAAAAACUACAUGUUCUCAGGAGUCUUUAUCAGGAAUCUCUGGACGAGAACACGAAGGCUUUUGCGGGUUUUUAUCAGUAUGCGAUCUCUCAACACCGCAAAGGCGGCACCUUGAAGUUCCCGUCCGUGAAAACUCCUCAAAUUCGGCUUCAAUACGUGCAGCGAGAGUUUUUAUCAAGGAGCAAUUUGGUGGCACCGUCUGAACGAAACAAAACGAAGGCGAAGGAAAACGUUUGCCCGAGUAUUGGAAAUAUUAUGGAAUCUCCGACAACACCGAAGGAGACAAAGAAGCCAUCAAUGUCGAACGGUAAUGAACUUGGCUCUUGGAGAGUACGGUCCGGAAGUGAAAUGGACAAUGGAUCACCAGCCUAUUCGACUGUGAGCCAAUCCUCGCCUUUCUCGUCUACGGAAAUUUCUACGGACAAAAAGAUACCGCUGGCCGAGACACCGAUAAAGCUUGAUACUUCGAAGAAUAUGGAGGAUCUGAGGAAAGCCGUUGUAACGUUGUGUUCCGUCGAGAACCUCCAAGAUUGCGAGCAAGUUGUUCCAGUCAUUGCCCGCGUCUGGAUGGAAUCCAAAGGCAAUCCUCGUCUCGAAGCCUUCUUGACCAAGCCGGUAGUCAUCGAUGUCAUGAUGGAGUUCAUGGUUACGUCCAAGUCCCUGCAAACGCAAAGAACAGCGGUUUGCCUGCUAACCGAGUUCGUCCACAACAACGAGGCUGUUCGGCGGCGGAUAGUAGACUACGACCCAAGUCUCGGAUGGGUGAGCAAGACUCUCCAACAAGGCAGGAUUCCACAGGCAGUGGUUCUUCUCUACUUGCUCAAGCUCCCCUCGCCAGAGCUCGAGGCUCUCCAGCUCGUCCCCGCGCUCGUGGAAGUCCUCCAGGAACAGGUUGUGGUGGAUCGGACCUCUCCGGCCCUCCGGGCUCCAAGAGCAGCGGCGAUCUUUCUCUUGGAGCAGCUCGUCUCUUUCGACCUUUGCGCGAUCGCCAAGGUGUCCGAGGGGGCUGCACCGUAUCUCCUCCAGUGCCUCGAGUCCGAGACGCCCGAAGAGCAAGUGAGCGUGAUGGUGAUCCUGCUGUGCUGCAUGGAGGCGGACCAGACGUGUAGCGACUUCAUCGCGCAGCAUUGCAAGCCGUCCAAGCUGAUGCAGCUGGUGCAAUCGCACGACAGCCGGUCCAGGGAGAUCGCCAUCGCCUUCGUUCACAGCUUGCUCCUGGCACGCAAAAAGUUGUAAAAAGAUAGCUUGGUUUUGUCCUCCACAACUCGAGGGAUAGCGCUAUGUUUUUAAAGAGAAGGGUUUAAGUAUUAGUUUGUU